CGCCGGGAAUUUCAAUAAUUUCGAAAGAAAUGCUCGAUUCCAUUAGUGUGCAGUAAAAAUUUGUAUGGGUAAAAGAAAUUGUGAAAAGUAAAUUAUGAUAUGUAACCGAAACAUUAAUUAUACAUGGAGACAUGGCUUUUACGAAUGAUAAUUGGUCGCACGAACUCAAGAAGCAGAUAAUUGACUACGUUGAAGAAGUCAAUGGAACAUACAUUGUUGGUUGUACAACCGUUGUAAAGGUUUUCUUGAGAGAUGGGCGGACUCAUGAAGCUAUGUCAUUCAAAGAAUCUCGUAGCGAAUCAAUUGGCGCAGCUUAUGAUGAAGCACGAAAUAAAUCUUUCCAUCGAGCCUUGUAUGACGCCUUUACGUUUUUUUGGGAAUUUAUGAAGAUAAUGGAGAAGCUGAGUAAUGAAAAGGUGCAAAGAAUGGUCAAGCAGCAACAGUUAAAAGCCGAAUGGAAUAAUAAAAAUAUUGUAAAAAAUUAAUUAGUCAUAUUAUUUUAAAGUCAAAAUUAAAAUUUACCUUUUUAUUAAAAAAAAAAAAAAAAAACACUAACGUAUAAAUUUAUAAGUAUUCAUUCUUGGUUGUUUAACAGGACGAAAUAAAAAAUCGUUUCAAGUUUUGAUCUAUUGCAGCUAUUAAUUAAAUAUUUUGACUUUUUUUUUAUUUUUAUUUUACACCAUGCAUUUUUUCUAAGGGCAUUAUUCCCGAACUCUAUUCCAGCCUAGUUUCAGAGUUCUAAAAGCUAUAGAUUGGAAUACACAUUUUUUUUUAAUUUUUAACGCCCUCGCACAACCCUCUUGGAGUUGAAUAUCAUAAAAUUAAUUCUUGAUAAACUCAAACAUGCCAAAAAAAAUAUUUUGGCCAAGUUUUAAAGUUCUUAAAGCAAUAGAUUGGAAGAUACAAAUUUUUAAUAUUUUUAACGCCCCCGCACAACCCUCUUAGGGUUUAAUAUCAUAAAAUUAGUUCUUAGUAAAUU